AUGGCUCACAAGCUCUGCUUCUCCUACUGGCUGUUGGCCUGCUGGUUGGUGGUAACUGUGGCAGAAGGACAAGAGGCAGUCACCCCUCCGGGAGGCUCACAAGACAAUGUGGAUUCUACGGACUGCCAGAUCUUUACACUCACCCCUCCACCUACCACCAGGAAACCGGUGACAAGGAUCCAGCCUGUCACAAGGGCACCCAAGGGUCCUUUCUAUUUUUUUCCAACAUGGAGGCCCAGAGUCCACAUUGGGUUUCCAAACAGGCCCUUCCUUCCUCCAAGGUGCAACCACCGUUUUCACUUCCAUCCUUUUUUUUGGCCAAACAGUCACUUUAUUCCACAUUAUAGAUAUUUCCCCAGAAGAAGAUUCAGGAGAGGAAGCUCAUCUGAGGAAAACAGAUGGAAGAGAGAAGCCCCAAACCUGCUGAAGCAAAAGAAACCAAUACCUCAGAAAAGACUAUAAAAAGAUUUCUGUUUUCUCUUUCCAAACUAAAACUACUGAUUUUGAAAAUUAUCUUAAACACCACUGACUAUAAAUGGUUCUCACUGUCGGCAUUGAAGGUAUUGCUGUACAGGUUGUUCAAGUUUGCGAAAUAGGAGCAAUAGCCACAUUAUUCUUAUUCCCAGUAUUUUAUGCUCACAGAGUAUUUAGGUAGAUAAAAUCCCUAAAUGAGCGGUUCUAGUCAU